AUGGAGAAGCUGGCGGCGGGGCUGGCCCGGCUCCGCUGGAGCCCCGCGGCGCUGCCCCUCGACGCCAUCGUCAGCCAGUGCCGGCUGCCCACCCUCGUCUGCCUGGGGCAGGGCGAGCGCGUGGAGGGGGUGAGCGCCCAGGACGUGCUGCUGGUCCACUCCUGCCGGCAGUGGACGACGGUGACGGCUCACAGCCUGGAGGAGGGACACUACGUCAUCGGCCCCAAAAUCGACAUCCCGCUCCAGUACCCAGGGAAGUUCAAGCUGCUGGACCAGGACCGGGACAUCCGCGAGCCCGUGCAGUACUUCAACAGCGUGGAGGAGGUGGCCAGCAUCUUCCCAGACCGCGUCUUCGUCAUGGAGGCCAUCACCUUCAGUGUGAAGGUGGUGUCGGGGGAGUUCAGCGAGGACAGCGAGGUGUACAACUUCACGCUGCACGCGGGGGACGAGCUGACGCUGAUGGGCCAAGCGGAGAUCCUCUGCGCCAAGACGGUGAAGGAGAAGUCGCGUUUCAACACCAUCCUGCGGAAGCUGGGCAAGGCGGCGCCGGCGGCGGGGGCCAGGCAGGUGAAGGGCAAGAUGCCCUGCCUGAUCUGCAUGAACCACCGCACCAACGAGAGCCUCAGCCUGCCCUUCCAGUGCAAGGGCCGCUUCAGCACCCGCAGCCCCCUCGAGCUGCGGCUGCAGGAGGGCGAGCACACCAUCCGCAGCAUCAUCGAGAAGGUGCGGCUGCCCGUCAACGUGGCCGUGCCCAGCCGCCCCGCGCGCAACCCCUACGACCUGCACGCCAUCCGCGAGGGCCACUGCUACAAGCUGGUCAGCAUCAUCUCCAAGACGGUGGUGCUCUGCUGCAUCCUCCGCCGGGAUGAGCUGGUCCCCUUCCACUUCCUCCUGCUGACCGACAUGCCCCGCUUCCAGCUGCCCGAGGGGCUGCUCGCCGGGGACCCCCAGCUGGAGAAGCUGCUGCGGGACAGCGCCGCGUACUGCCACGACCGCUUCAACCCCGACGAGUACUCGCGGGCCGUGCGGGAAGCCAAACCUGACUUUUCGGAGGAGUGCGCCAGCCCCCGGCGCCUGCGGCUCUGCCUGCCGGCCUGCGCCCGCGAGGAGCUCAGCCAGCCCCUCCAGCGCCUCUCCCUCUGCGCCUGCGGCACGGGGGUCCCCCGGGAGCCCACCGCCCGCUGCCAGGGACCGCGGGGCAUCGUGGGGGGCACCCCGCGCCCGCCGCUGCCCGAAUUCCCCGACCCCGACCGGGAAUACAUGACGCCCGACUGGGCCGAGCCCGAGUUCAGGACUCAGGAGCCGCUGGAGAUCCCCUACGAGGAGCUCUGGAGCAACCCCAGCCCGGAGGGCUGCUGCGAGCCGGGCAGCGGCGUCGGCCGGCAGGACCUCGUCUCCUUCGGGGCCGUCACCCCACUGGGCUCCCUGCACCGCCCCGGCGUGCCCGGGGACGAGCCCCGCGGGGAUGCCCCCCCCCCCGUGCCACCCAAGUCGGAGGCGGUGAAGGAGGAAUGCCGGCUGCUGAACGCACCCCCUGUGCCGCCCCGUGGCAGCCGCCCCCCGGCACCCUGCAGCCCCCCGGCACCCCUGCGUUGCCCGAAGCUGGCACCCACUCCCUCGCCCAGCCCCAGCCUCUCCUACUACUCCUCAGGGCUCCACGAUGGGUCGGUCCCGCGGAGCGGCAGCGGCUCGCCCUCGCCCGACGCCUACUCCUUGUACUGCUACCCCUGCACCUGGGGCGACUGCAAAGCCGGGGAGGCCCCCGGGCGCCCGCUGCCCCCCGCCGCGCUGCCCCCUGCCACCCAGCCCACCCCCACCUCCUGGUCGGACCCCUGGGCGUACGCCGAGGCAGGCAGCGGCUGCUCGACCCCGCCCGGGGCCGAGCCCCCCCUGAAACCCUACCGCAGUUGCCCCCGCCUCAAGCCCCCGCACCCCCAAAAACGCUUCGCUCCCUUCGGGGCGCUCAACCCUUUCGCCGGCCCGGCCGAAUGGCCGGAAAGCCCGGAAUGGCCCAAGCCGCCUUCGGCCCCGGCCGCCCCUUCCUCCUCCUCCUCGCCAGAGCCCUUCGCCCCCGUCGAGGAGCCGGCGCCCCCGCCUCGCCCACCCAAGGGCUUUGAGGGGGACAGCAUCGUCAUCCGUGGGGCGGCCCCGCUCUCGCCCGCCGUCCUGCGUGGGGCCGAGGGCGGCGUCACCCGCGUCUACCUGGCGCAGGGCGUCAUCGAGGUGCCGCCGGCGGCGCGGCGAGGGGGGGCCCCGCCGGCCGCCCCCCGUCCCAGCGGGGACGGGUCUCCCUGGCUGCCCCCCGCCGACCUCUCGGCCCUCUCGCUGGAGGAGGUCUCCAAGUGCCUGCGCUUCAUCGGCCUCUCCGAGGACGUGGUCAGCUUCUUUGCCCGCGAACGCAUCGACGGCAGCAUCUUCGUGCAGCUCAGCGAGGAGAUCCUGGCCGACGACUUCCGCCUCACCAAGCUCCAAGUGAAGAAGAUCAUGCAGUUCAUCAAGGGCUGGCGUCCCAAGAUCUAG